AAGCAGUAAUACCCAAAACGGUAUUCUCCGACGACGAAGACGAUGAAAUGGGAACAAAGUCCUACAAGGGCAACAAUUCCCCAGCUUUGAAGAAGAAAAAACUGAAAGGAGGCGAUCCUGAAGGUAUGAUGAACUAUCAGAGGCGGGAAUUCUCUUAUUCAAUAGAUUAUCUAGAUCCAUCUUCAGCUCCUCCAAAACGGCCACCUUCUACCACCGAUAAACCGGAAAAAAAGAAGACCAAGAAAGAAAAACAGAAGCAAAAGGCCACACCCAAACAAAAAGGUAAACCAGGAACAAGACAGAUGUAUAAAUGAUAUGAAUGACGUCGGAAAGGGUUGACCUCCAAUUGAUAUUAGCUCCUUUGGAUUUGGACAAACAAUGUGGUGUAAUUCAGGGACCGAACAAUACCCCAUGCACUCGGUCAUUGACAUGCAAAAGCCACUCGAUGGGUGCGAAGCGAGCCGUGGCAGGAAGAUCCGAACCGUAUGAUGUUCUACUGGCUGCUUAUCAAAAAAAGGCGAUUGGCCGACCACAAGCUGGCGCUGUCGCAUCUACAACUGCCCAAAAAUCCGUGAAAAAUCUGAAAAAGCUUGCCAAUCAAUCCAAAUCGCCCGCUACUUCCGCGGCAGCGUCGGCGCCUCAUGAAGAAUAUGUGGAUUCGGAUGAAGAAGUGGAAAAUGUGAUGCAGUCUUUGCGACUUACCCGACCUGCACCGUUGGCCGAAAGGUGCUAUUAUUUCCCGAAACGCCGACGACAAUGUUACCGCUUACGGGAUAUCCUAUUGGAUGCCAUCACUCCCAAAGCGGCUCCCGUGAUUCCUGUCAGUGACAGCAAUUGGAGUCUGUUAAGCAUGAUGAGCAACACAGCCGGUGCUGGCGCUGAAGCUGCAACGGCUCCUAUGCAUACAGGCCAUUAUCCUUUCCAGAACGCGUCCGGCGGUACUACCCGCAUGGGCAGCCACCAAUCAUCCCCUGUCAGUAUGAUUGGCUUUUCACAAAUGGACGCCAAUACCCUUUUCGGAUCGAAUGCUGGCAUGGAACCCGCAAGCCCCUCUUCUGUUAGUACAUAUAGCUCUGCUCGAUAAAUACUCUACGACAAAUCCAACAACCAAAAAGUGACACACGCUCACCAAGCAAUAUCAAUUUCCAGAUAGCGCUAAAAUGUAUAUGAUUCCUGUAUAUAUAUGUGUUUCUCAUUACACGAAAUUGCUCAAAUAAAUACAUGCUGACCAAGCAAUCGCAUUCGCGUUCUACGCUGUAUGAAGCAUAUGAAACAAAUAAAGAAAAUGAACUUCGAUAUUCGGAGCUCCAAAGUGAUUGCAUGAUACAUCGACAAUACCUUUUGGUCCAGUUAAUAGCCUUCACGUAAAAAAGUCCAGCAAAAGCAAAGCAUAGAGUACUCCCUUCAUCUUCAUUAAUACCAAACGACGGGGUGAUCGAUUGAUCCGUAGUUUAUGGUAUGGAUGAUAGACCGGUCUAUAGCAAGCAAGCUAUUACUGCUGCAAGGCUGCUAUCUGCCCUCGCGAUG